GACUUUAGCUAGUUCUGUCCUUAGUUUUUCUUCAUCAACCCUUCCUGCCAAAAUGACAUCCAUGUAUUUACACUCAACCAAUUUUAAGAUUUCUAUUUUGUCCAUCACAACAGUGACAUUUCUACAGACUGCUUCAUUUUGUAUAACACAUUGAGAUCCUUUUGAUGCAAUUUUGAUUCAGACACAUACAUGAUGGAGGCCUCUGCAUAUAUCACUGAUGUAUAUAAGUAGAAAAGGUCAUAUGGAAUCUUGUGUAAUUGUUAUUGUGCAAAUUUGAAGGUUUGAUUGCAUUCCAUUAACUCUGAUGCUCCGUUCUGUUUCUUUUUUGUUUUUUAACUCAACCAGUUCAUAGCUUUCGUGGAGAAGAUGCAUUUUCAAAUUUUGUUUAUGUUCAUCUCAUGAUUCAUUGUGUCAACGGCUUCUUUUCAUACCUAGAAAGACUGCUCCAACUACUUUGUUAUCAUCUAAAGAUCUUUUAGUGAUGUUGGUAGGGUAGGAAGUAACCAACCCUGCUGACUCUCCUUAGCAAAUAAAAAAAGCUUUUUUUUGGCUCAAGGAGUCUACAUUUGUUAGUGUUCAGAGAGGAACACUGUCUGGUGUAAUGUUACUUUUAGCAGCCUUUGAUAUUAAUUUUAUCUGAAUAUCUGAAGAGAUUAUGUAAGAAUAUUACAGCAGGUAUUGUGGUGAUGUACUUUAAAGUCAAGUCCUUUUCCAUAUUCUUAUGUGAUUGCAAAAUUGCAUAAUCCCACUCCUUCUGAUCCCAGUGUGCUAAAUAUCAGGGUCGGAGCUGAAACAAAUGUUUUGUAAUCAUUUUAUUUGUCAAUUUCCUGAUAAUUAAGGUCAAAUUGUGGUUUAAUAGUCCCAUCACAAGAUGACAGGUUUUUGUUACGCUCAUAGGGUUUAUGAGUGAAAAUUAAAAUGAUGAGCUCACUCUGUUCUUGCAUUUAUCUUGUGGGAGUUUUGGGCACUUGAUGUAAAAUAUAUUUGAAUGCAGUUGUUUUUAAUUUAUUUAGCAAUUCAGGUUAUGCUAAAAUUGCCAACAUUAGUGAUUUUGUUGUAUUUAAGAAAUUCAUCUAUCUUGAUAAAAAUGACUCAUUAAAACAUGGAACAACAAAAGAAAAGUUCGUCUUUGGCAAAAAAAUAAAAAAUAAAAAUACUUCAGUCAAAUAAUCCAAUUCAUUUGUGUGUGAAUUAAUUUUAGAGUACUUGAGGAUGCCUCUGAUAUAAAUGAGAACUCUCAUUAUUUUCUUGAUUGUAUUGUCUAAGGCAGGCAUGACGUGGAACAUUAAUUCAACAAUAUAAUGAAGAGUUUUAAUUUUUGUGGAGUUCCACUGACAUAUCAAUGAUCCAGAAAGAAUGAAAACUUAAGUGAGUUUUUUUUGUGCAUUUGUUUAUUUAAAAAGUGGAACUUUUUAUCCUAAGUUAAACUUAAAGGAUACAUGUUUACCAGGAUCAUUUUCAGUUAAUCAAAAGCUCUUUUGAAGGUGAUUGUCUUUGUCUUUAUUAAUAAUAAAGAAGUAAUAGGCCAUGUUAACCUUUAAGAAUGUCUACUUUAAUCCGCAUGGUGCUCAUUGUGGACUCUAAGUGACGCUGUUGGUCAAUGCAUGUCUUCUAAAAUGUUACAUCACAUUCUCCCCCCUUGUUACUGUGGCCAAUGAGAGGAGAGCCUACAGUUUCCCUCAUCUGUGCGGACAAUCACAGCAUUAAAGACACUUCAACGAAGAAAUAGGAAAGGAUAUUAAAAAGCUACAACUCUUUUUUUUAUUAUUUUUUUCAUUUUCACACAAAAAACGCUGUUUUAUCGUUUUACAACAUUCUUUAUUAUUUUUGCUUGUUUCGGCUUUUGCCAUGGCUUGUGGAAAACGGCAUAGGGGCUGGGUGAAAUGGCGUGAUGGAUUCGGACAGAAAUUAUUUCAUUUUUUUCUCCUGUGUCACCUCAGCCCUGUUGUUACCGGACAUAUCAGAUAUUCGAUCCCAGAGGAAAUGAAGAAAGGCUCACUGAUCGGUAAUGUAGCACAAGACCUCGGUUUGGAUCUGAAAAGACUGCGUUCCGGUCAUGCCCGUAUCGUGAGUGGAGAAAGCAUCCAGUACACCGAGCUGAACGCGGACAAAGGGAUAUUAGCAGUAAAGGAGAGAAUCGACCGAGAGCAGCUUUGUGGCGACACGACACCGUGCAGUUUCAGUUUUGAGAUGAUUUUAGAGAAUCCUAUGGAGCUGCAUCAGAUUACGGUAGAGAUUACAGAUAUAAAUGAUCAUUCGCCCAUAUUUGAAACCGAUCAAAUCAAUUUUGACAUUAGCGAGUCGGCUACAACUGGAGCGCGUUUUUCAUUAACUCGUUCAGAAGACCCCGAUGUGGGUGUGAACGGUUUGAGAGAAUAUUUACUGAGUGAAAAUGAUCACUUUGUUCUCAAGCAACAUUCAAAUGCAGACGGAAAGAAAUACGCAGAGAUGGUGCUUCAGAAGCCUUUAGACAGAGAAGCAAACCCGAAUCUGUCGCUGAAACUGAUCGCUGUGGACGGAGGAACACCUCAGAGAUCUGGCACCGUAAAUAUUAAUGUCGCUGUUCUUGAUGCUAACGAUAAUGCGCCUGUUUUCAAUCAGUCAGUGUAUAAAGCUGUGGUGACGGAAAUGUCUCCUAAAGACACUUACGUCACCACUGUUAAUGCUAGCGACGCAGAUUUCGGGUCCAACAGUAUCAUCACGUACCAUUUUUCAGAUCACAAAAGUGGUCUAAAUAAUUUAUUUCGGAUGGAUGAAAUUACUGGAAUGAUUUACAUAAAUGGUGACAUUGAUUAUGAAAAAGAAAAAAAGUUCGAACUAAGAAUUGAUGCAAAAGAUCAGGGCGGAUUGACAGAUUCCAGUAAAGUGAUUAUUGAAGUGAUUGAUGUAAAUGAUAACGCCCCUGUCCUAAGCGUGAUGUCAUUCACUAAUACCGUGUCAGAGGAUUCUCCUCCUGGAACAACUAUUGGUAUAAUUAAUGUAAAAGACCUGGAUUCCGGUGAUAAUGGACAGGUGAGCUGUAGAAUUGACGGGAAUGCGCCUUUUAAAAUGAAAUCAAAUCUAAGAAAAUAUUACACUCUAAUAACAGAUUCUGUAUUAGACCGAGAAACAGUUUCAGAAUAUAACGUCAGUGUUAUUGCUACAGAUGGUGGGAUACCUCCUCUCUCAGCCCAAAUUACGUUUAAUUUAAAAGUUUCUGAUGUGAAUGACCACGCUCCAGUUUUUUCACAAACAGUUUACAGAGCCUUUAUAAAAGAGAAUAACUCCCCGGGUUUGCCUUUUAUUACGCUGAAAGCCAAAGAUCCUGAUGAGAACCAAAAUUCUCGUAUAUCCUAUAUUUUAGAGGACACGAAUAUUGGCGGUUCUCCAGUAUCUAGAUAUGUUUCCGUAAAUUCAGAAACUGGAGUCGUACAGGCAAUUGGCACAUUUGAUUAUGAACAGAUUAAAGAGAUCGUUUUUGUUGUCAAAGCGCAGGAUGGAGGCUCUCCUCCACUCAGCAGCAACGCGACUGUGACAUUAUUUAUCCAGGACCAGAACGAUAAUCCCCCUCAGGUUCUGUAUCCAGUCCAGACUGGUGGCUCCAUGGUGGCUGAAAUGGUUCCUCGUUCAGCAGAUGUGGGCUACCUGGUGACUAAAGUGGUGGCUGUGGAUGUGGACUCUGGACAGAAUGCCUGGCUCUCCUAUAAACUACAGAAAGCCACAGACAGAGCGCUGUUUGAAGUGGGCUUACAGAAUGGAGAAAUAAGAACUAUCCGUCAGGUGACUGAUAAAGAUGCUGUGAAACAAAGACUGACUGUCAUAGUGGAGGACAACGGGCAGCCCUCUCGUUCAGCUACAGUCAGUGUUAACGUGGCGGUGGCGGACAGCUUCCCUGAAGUGUUGUUGGAGUUCAGUGAAUUUCCACACGAUAAGGAAUACAAUGACAAUCUGACUUUCUACUUAGUGUUGGCUCUGGCUGUGGUUUCCUUCCUCUUCAUCACGUGUUUAGUGGUUAUUAUAUCAGUGAAGAUCUACAGAUGGAGACAGUCUCGCAUCCUGUAUCACUCCAGCCUCCCUGUGAUUCCAUAUUAUCCACCUCGUUACUCUAGACACUAUGGGAACAGGAACUCUGCCACACGUGUACAAUUACGAGGUGUGCAGAACAACUGACUCUAGAAAGAGUGACAUUAAGUUCGGAAGAGCUGCUAGUCAAAACAUACUGAUGAUGGAUCCCAGUUCUACCGGGACUAUGCAGAGGAUACAGAGUGAGAAGAGCAUCCUGGAUGAACCCGA